UGCAAAAUGGCGGUGGACUUUGGAUGAAGAGGUUGAAGAGGGUUUUUCAUAUACUUUUAGAAUCAAAUGCCCGACUUAUCUCCCCAAAAGCUUCCUAAAUUUCAUUGCUUUAACCUACGAGGGGCUCUUUGCGUAACUAUCGUUUCUCUUUUGUACAUAUUUUUAUCAAAAAUGACAGUGUUAUGUAAUUUUGCACACGAUGCAUCGGACCAUGUGGACUAGUUGUAGAACAUGUAUAGAAUUUGAUGUUACUAGUUAGUCGGUAUUAGUUUUAUAACAAAUGUUGAGAAUUGGGUUGAUGUCGGCCUCGAAAGCGACAAGGAGGCUCAGGAUACUCUCUAAUUCAAUAGGAUGUCCUGCUUUACGACCUCUGUGUUCUGACAGUAGAGUUAGCAUUGGAGAUGUUAGCAUCAAAGUCAAAAAGUCCCUGAAACCAGAACUAGUUCCUAUAAAAUACUAUUCUGAAGAUCUUCCACAAUCUACUCUAAAUACAUUAAGAUGGAUUAUGCAGAAGGACAAACUUGGUCAGGAUGUGUUUUUGAUUGGUCCACCAGGACCUUUGAGAAGAAUUCUUGCCAUGCAAUACCUGGAGCUGACCAAUUCAGAAAUGGAGUAUUUGGCCUUGACAAGAGACACAACUGAGUCAGAUUUAAAACAAAGGAGAGAAAUCCAUUCUGGUUCAGCAUUCUAUGUUGAUCAGUGUGCAGUAAGGGCUGCAGUAGAUGGCAGGAUUCUGGUGCUGGAAGGGAUAGAAAAAGCUGAGCGAAAUGUCUUGCCUGUUUUGAACAACCUACUAGAGAACAGAGAGAUGCAGCUUGAAGACGGAAGGUUCUURAUGUCUGCAACCAGAUAUGAUGCUUUGUUGAAGGAGCACACAAAAGAAGAGCUUGAUGCAUGGAAGUUAGUGAGAGUAAGUGAAGACUUUAGAGUGAUAGCUCUUGGACUACCUGUACCUCAAUACCAAGGAAACCCACUGGACCCGCCACUCAGAUCAAGAUUCCAGGCCAGAGAUAUCCAACUGCUACCUUAUAAGGAUCAGCUAGCUGGCCUUCAAGCUAUGACACCUCAGAUACCUCAAUCCAAGCUUAUUCAGUUGGUGUCGUUUGCACAAACACUACAGUCUUCUGAGCUAUCAGGUCUUGGUUUACCAGACUUUCCCAUGCACAACUUGAUCAAGAUUGCUAACAUUUUGGAAAGAGAACCGCAACAUUCUAUACAAGACCUUGUUUAUAUGUUGUACCCACAUGACCUGAUACUGGGUGCCGAGGGGCAAAAAGUUGUCCAAGAUGCUAUACAGACUUUCCAGUUAGAGGAUAAGCACAGUACCAAACAAAGAACACACAUUGAAAUGGUCCAGAAACAGUCUGUAGGUACAGCUAACCCUGUAGCGACAGUCCAGUUAAAGAAAACUAAUCGUGUUUCUACUAUGAUUGAUGUACCAUGUGGAAUCAAAACAGGAGAACAUGCUAAUGCCGAGGUUGAUUUUGUAAUGACACCAUAUCACAGUAAUCUGCUGUCAGAUAUGCUACAGUCACACUCUGUUCAUGACUUCUGUUUAGUUGGACCAAAGGGUUGUGGUAAAACAGUCAUUGUACGACAGUUUGCCAACAUACUUGGCUACAGAAUAGAACCAGUGGUACUAUACCAGGACAUGACUUCACGUGAUCUCCUUCAACAAAGAAUAACCCUAGCUAAUGGGGAUACAAGCUGGAGACCUUCUCCUCUUGUUACUGCUGCUCUGGAGGGUCAUAUUGCAGAAUUAGAUGGCUUACAUAGAGUCAACCCUGGAACACUAGCUGUUCUUCAUAGAGUAGUUCAUGAUCGUGAGCUUCAGCUGUAUGAUGGCUCUCGACUCAUAAGUCAUGACCGCUAUCAAGCAUUGAAAGACAAACUCAAUUUAAAUGAUGAAGAGAUAAAUGCAAGGGGUAUUUUUUGCAUCCAUCCAUCAUUUCGUCUCAUUGGAUUAGCAGAGCCACCCAUCRUCGGCAGCAGUCAGCCACAGUGGCUUAACUCAGAAAUAUUAUCCAUGUUUUUAUUUCAUAAAGUGUCUCCACUCUCCAGAAUUGAAGAGGCAGAUGUGAUAUAUAGCAUGGUCCCAAGUGUUCCCAAGGAGCCUAUGGACAAGCUCUUGCAUCUGACAGACAAACUAAGAAAUGCCAAAGAUCUUACUCUUUCUUCAGUCUCAUCAUCGCUUUCUACACGACAGUUACUUCGUAUCGCACACAGAUUGGCCAGCUUUCCUGCAGAGUCUUUGGAGCAUUCAAYCAACAAAGCAUGUUUAUCACGGUUUCUACCAAAAUUAGCAGGUGCAAGUUUAGAAAGAGAGUUGCAAGAAGCUGGCAUAACAAAAGAGAAUAAUAAAGAAGACAAAACAGAAGAAUAUUCAACAAAUUCCAUCACAAGUGAGAAGGAUUAUUUUAUUCUUUUUACUAUGGCGAGUUAUUUGAUAUAUCAUCCCCAGCGAGAAAGAAAUAGAUAUUGUCUGGACUACCAAACUCUCACCACAAACCAGAACUACUUGUUUAUUUCAUACUCGUUGGUUCUCAAAAUUGGUGUUGGUAAGAACAAAAUAGUUGACAGAUUUCUUCACCUUCUGAACAGACCAAGGGAAUACAUUCAGCUACACAGGGAUACUACUGUGCAGUCUCUCACUUUACAACCAACUGUACAAGAUGGUGUUAUUAUCUAUGAAGAUUCGCCAUUGGUCCGUGCUGUGAAAUAUGGUCACGUGCUUGUGGUCGAUGAGGCAGACAAGGCACCUACACACGUGACCUGUAUCCUCAAGUCACUGGUAGAGAGUGGAGAAAUGGUCUUGGGAGAUGGUAGAAGGAUCAUUAAAGGUGAUGGUGGUCUAAAAGUACCGGAUAAUGUCAUCAAAGGACAUCCAGAGUUCCGGAUGAUCGUACUGGCCAACAGACCUGGGUUUCCUUUCCUUGGCAACGAUUUCUUUGCUGCGCUGGGAGAUAUCUUCAGCUGUCAUGCCGUUAACAAUCCUGAUUUCAAGUCCGAAAUGGUAAAUAAACAUUGAUAUACAGUGUUAAAUGGGUUGUUGGUAAUGACGUCAUAGCCGCCAUAUUGGAUGAAUCAGUUGAAGUAGUGUAUUGGGUGUUUGUUUAGAACCAAUAUGACGACCUUAA